AUGGCUGACGAGAAUAGUCCGGAUAUUCAAGAACGAAGAUUGUCUAAUGGAAGUGAUUUAGAUAAUGAAUCAAUUCCAAAUGGAGAUAAUAAUCAACAAGAUGAUUUAUCACCUAAGCAUGAGUCAAUAGAAAAUCCUUCCGAUGAAACAGAAAUUAAUGAAGAUAUAAUAUCAACGAAUCAAGACAUUUUAUCUCCUACAGAUUCAGCAGAAUCUGAUGAUCAAAUUCAACAACAAUUAUCAACUGAACCAGAAUUAUAUCCAUUAAAUCAAAAUUCUUUUGAUCAAUCAAUUGUUAUUGAUAAUCAAAAUAAUUCAAAUUUAUUAUUAAAUGAUAAUGAUACAUUAAAUACUGAUGCAAGUUUUGAUAUAGAAACAGAUCUUCAUCAUGAUAAACCGGAUGAACUCAAAGCCCAACGUGAAUUGGAUGACGAUGAAAUUCCUCCAGCUGAAUUACCCAUUGAUGAAACACCAAAAAGUCGUACUUCAACACAAUCAGAAACAAUUUUAACUGAUGAUCGUCCAUUAACAGAACUUGAAACACCAUAUGAACAUCAUCAUGAAAAUGAAAAUGGAAAUGAAGAUUCUCCAAUUGUAUUAUCUUCUGAUCAAAAUUCACCAGAUAAUGAAAUAAAUAAUUCAUCAACAGACAAUGAAGAUUCAUCUGACAAUAAUAUUAUAUUAUUAUCACCUGAUACUCCAAAAGAAACACCUGAAGAAAAUCAUGAAGAUUUAAUUUCUCAAACAAGUGACGUAGAAAAAGAAAAUAUUGAAGAAAUUCUCCCACCUUUAAUUUCAACAUCAAUUGCACUUGAACAAAUUCAUGAUUUAGAAGAACAUUCUUCUGAAAAUAAUAAUUUAUUAUCAUCAUCAUCUAAUCAUAUAACAGAAAUUUCGGAAAAAACUCAUGAAGAUUUUAUUCCUCCAAUAAUUGAAUUAGAAAAACCAAAAUUUGAAGAAUUAACUGUUCACCAUGAAAAUACUAAUAUCAAUGAACCUAUUUCACCUUUACCUUCAACAUCAAUGGCAUUCGAACAAAUGAAUGAUUCAAUUAAAAUCGAUGAACAACCAUUAUUAUCAACUAAUAAAAUAACAAUAUCAGAACCCGAAGAUAUUCUUGGAAAUAAAACUUUACUUAAACAAACAACAGUUGAAGGUACACCAAAUACUCGUCCAACACGUAGUACAUUAGCAACAGUUUCUUAUACAUUAUCAUUAAUUGAUAAUGUAACAUUUGAUGUUCAUUUAAUUGAAAGUAUUUCAAAUGAAAGUUUUUUUAUAAGUGAACGUGAUAUUAUUCCAGCUAUUGAUAUUUGUAUUCAAUCAAUGAAUCGUGGUGAACAUGCUACAAUUGAUUCUGAUAUUCGACAUUGUUAUGGACAAAUGGGUUGUCCAGAAAAACAAAUUCCACCCGUUAAUUCAUCGACUAAUUCAUAUAAAAUGAAAAUUGAAUUAGAAUUUCAUGAUUGGACAAGUCCACCUGAUAUUCAAACAUUAUCAAUUACCGAAAGACUUUUUUGGGGAAAUAAAAAACGAGAAAUGGGAAAUUUUAAUUAUCGUCGUCAAGAUUAUCAAGCAGCUCUUCUUUGUUAUCAUGGUGCUCUUCGUUUUGUAGAUGCAAGAACUAAUCCAUUAUCCGUACCACAUGAAGAUCAUGAUCUAUCAGUAUUAUCCGAGAAAUAUAUUCAAGUACAAAAUAAUGUUGCUCAAGUUAAUUUACUUUUAAAUAAAUAUGAAGAUUGUUUACAUGCUGUAGAAAAUGUUCUUAGACUUGAUCCAUCAAAUGUUAAAGCUUUAUUUCGAAAAGGAAAAGCAUUUUUUGAAUUAGGAGAAUACAAAGAAGCUAAACAACCAUUAAAAUUAUUUUUACAAGCUCAUCAAAGAAAUCCACUUGGUGGAGAUGAUUAUAUUAAAGUUAAUGAAAUGCUUAAAACUUGUGAAAAUAAAUUAGCUAAUUAUGAAAAAAAUGAAAAAGAAAUUUAUCGACGUAUGUUUCAACCACAACCAACGACAACAACAACUAAUCAACAAGGUCAAACAAAAAAUAAUAAAAAGACUGAUAAUACGAAUUGGUGGUUGUUGAUUGGAUUAGGUGGUGCUGCUAUAGCUUCAAUUGGUCUUUUCACAUUCUUGAAAUAUCGUAAAACUUCGUGA